AUGCUGCGUGUAGCAUGCUCUCGUCGCCGUCCCAUCCUAUUCCCCUCUUUGCUCAGAGUCUCGCCUCUUCGAUAUCUUAGCGACUCGGUAUCACAGUCGAGCGAGCCACCCAUCCUCGACAUCCCCUCGUCGUCUAUCUUCUCCCAAGGCGACCCAAUCACUGCCGAGCCCAUUCUCCAAGGCGUUACCUGGAAAAUCAAUCCGAAUGAAGCAUGGGCCGUCGUCACCGCUGGCUAUGGUAGUAGCAAACGCACCCUCUUCAAAGCGCUCAUGGGGCAGCGUCGUAUUCACCCGCCCCCUCCGAGAGGCGUUUUUCCGUUUUUGAGAUUUGAAGAUCCCACCAAACGCGUGCGCCUCGUCAGCUGUGGGCGCACUGCAAACCCACACGGUGAGUUCUUCGACUACACCGCGCGCUAUGGUGCUAUGCGCGAGGAGGACCGGCGGACUCUUCGCGAGACCUACUUCCCAGAGACAGCACGACCUAUUCACCGUCUUGCCCUGUCUAAUUUCAAAGCGGUCGAUCCUCUCUGGAGAGACCCAGAAAAGCGCGUAAAGUUCAACGCGCUGAUGCACCAACUACGCCUGACCGACUUGUUGGACUUGCCUCUCAUUGCGCUCAGCAAUGGACAGACGCGGAGGGCGAGAAUCGCGAAGGCACUCUUAUCCGAGCCAGCAGUGCUGUUGUUGGACGAGCCCCUUAGUGCGUUCACGACCCACUCUCAUAUACGCGCAUUUAUUCAUGGCUAUUCUACUUUAGCUGGCCUUGAUGCCCAGACGCGUUCUCUCAUGCUUGACUUCCUCCACUCCCUGCACACAUCCAACGAUCCGUCCACCCCGCAUAUCAUCCUCGGUAUGCGGCCCAAAGACGGCCUACCCGACUGGAUCACCCACGUCGCGCUCGUCACUUCAGAUCGGACCGUCCUCACCGGCACCAAGGCCGAACUCGCCUCCGCGGCCGAAGGCCAGUACCGCUCCGCCGUCGGCGCACACCCCGCGCAACCCGCACACGCCGCCCCCGGCCAGCGCGCCCUCGGAUACGAGGUCGCGCGCCUGACGAACCUCAACGUGCGUUACGGCGAGCGUCACGUCCUCAAGGACAUCAACUGGACGAUCCACGAGAACUCGCGGUGGCACCUCAUGGGCGCAAACGGCGCGGGAAAGACGACGCUGCUCGCGAUGCUCACCGGCGAGCACCCGCAGUCGUUCGCGCAAUCGGACCGCCUCCGCCUCUUCGGGCGCCACCGCGCGAGCUGGCCGACCGUGCGGCUCGGUGCGCGCAUCGGGCGCGUGUCCCCCGAGCUGCACAGCGCAUUCCCGCGGCGGGACAGUAUGAGCGUGUGGGACGUCGUCGGCACGGGCUUUGGCGGCGAGUUCGUCCCGCGCGGCGCACUCCGCGUCGGGGUCAACGAGGAUGGUACCGAGCUCGAGUCGGGCGGGGCCCUCGAGGCGUGGCGCGUCAGGCGCAUGUGGCAGGUCCUCGAAGGGCUCGGCCCGCGCGCGUGGACGGGGCGCAGGGUCGACGGGUCGUAUGAGGCGCAGGAGGACAAGGCGUUCGCGAAGCGCCGGUUUGUCGACCUGUCCCAGGGCGAGCAGGGCAUCGUGCUGCUCAUGCGAGCGCUCGUAGGACGGGCGCCGCUAGUGUUGCUGGACGAGGUGUGGGCGGGCAUGGUCGAUGGAAUGGUCGAAGCUGUGUGGCGGUAUUUGGCGGACGGCGCGGGAGGGCUCUUGCAGACGCAGGCGUGUGUGGUGAUUAGCCAUUGGGAGGACGAGGUGCCGUGGGGCAAGGAAGACGGCGUGAAGAGGUUUUUGUUAAAAGACGGCCAGGGAGAAAUUGUGGAAUAA